UUCCUUCCUUCAUUCCUAUUUUGUUGGUUGAUGUAAAGAAGUAAUUUUUCGUAGUUUUGAAUUUUAGGUUUAUUGGUGUUUUCAUCGUCCGGAUUUACAUCGUCAUUCUUGAUAAAACCUACGGCUAAGACCUAAUCUCACUUUGUUUGCGAUUGUUCCUCAAUUUAUAUCAAUAACGCAGUAGAAACCACGGUGCACGUCAUAAAUUUAAUUUUGUAAUUUCUACGCUAGGUGAACAUGGAGACAUCAUAUCAAGGAGGCGUGUCUUACGACGAUGCUGGAAGAAGUUUCCAGCGACUGUCUCAAACUAUCGCGAGUAACAUCAACAAGAUAUCACAAAAUGUGUCUUCAUUGACUAAGAUGGUCAACCAGCUGCAGACACCACAAGAUUCCCAGGAACUCAGAAACCAGUUACGCACGAUACAGAACAACACUCAGAAGCUUGCAAAGGAUACAUCCUUGAUGCUGAUGGACCUGAUGAAGAUGCCCACAGACCAGCCUGCCAACAAGCUGUCUCGGGACCGUCUCAGUGAGGAGUACAUGGCGACGCUUAAUGCUUUUCAAGCUACGCAAAGGUCGGCAGCGCAGAAAACCAAGGAAGAUGUUAAGAAAGUCAAGGCCCAGUCGGUCAACAUUGGAGAUCCCUUUGCUCUCGGUGGUAACAAGGAUCUCGUGGAGAUGAGCGACACCAACGUCCGCAAGCAGGAGCAGCUCACAAUGCAGAGCGAGAGGGAGCUAUUGGAGCUGGAGGAGCGGGAGCGAGACAUCAGGCAGCUUGAGAGCGACAUCACAGACGUGAACCAGAUCUUCAAGGACUUGGGGCAGAUGAUCCACGCUCAGGGAGUGGUGGUGGACUCGAUCGAGUCGCACGUGGAGUACGCCGCGGACAACGUGGAGGCCGGCCGGCACCAGCUGCACGAGGCCGCCAAUUACAAGAAUAAGCUGCGAAAAAAGAAAGUCUACUUGGCGAUCGUCGUCAUCAUCGUCAUUUCUAUUAUCUUAAUCAUCAUAUUCCAUCGUUGAGAAACCAACCACUUCGGAGUACUUAUAUAUACGACGUAAACAUGUAAUGAUACCUGUAUGUAUGUCUGUACUACAGUCCUCGAGGCGUGAACUCUGCUUUGUAUUAGUGUGCGUAACACACGGAUAUUAUCGACUGAUAUAUGCAUGUGUGGUGGGGUUUGUUCUAAAUUUCGGUGCUUGAAGAAAAUAACUAUAGUUACACAUGUGUAUAAAGACGAGCUUACGCCCCUACUUGUUGUAGUCACAUAUAUUUAAUUAAUGUAAUUUUAUUUUGGUCGUGGAUAGUACGUAUUAUGAAUCUAAGUGUUGCUCUUUACAAAAUUGUGCACUGUUGUCCAAAUUAAAAUGAAUGAAAAACUCCCUUCUUUUCCGUAGUUCUAUUGGAUGUCCCAUUGAUGGGACAAUGACAAAAAUCAUUUAACCGUUGACCCAUUUACUUAUGGGACCACGGGAAAUAGUUCUAAAAUUAGCUAAGAUUAACUGGACUAAGACAAUAAAUUCCAUGUUUGUAUAAAAAUCCAAUAAUAUUUUAACUACAUCGAGUCGUAAACUGUGUUUCUGUUUCUGAUAAAUCUGACAGAUAAACUGCUAGAUAAAUCUGCCUGAUGUUAUUUAGCAAACAUAUCGAACACUUGUGAAACACAAUUUCUAAAACGCUAUCUGUUGUAAUAGGCUUUUAACAAUAUGAUUGUUAAUUUUGCGCCGUUUAUUUUGAUAUGAGCAAAUUGUUUUGUCUAACGGAAAAUUGCGCGGAUUUUCUGUAAAGAGAAAUAUAUACAAAAUAUAUACAAAAUCACAAUCUAAUCAAAUAUAUAUAUAUAUCGUCCAAGUAGUUUGUGAUUGUAUAUGGUUUACAUAUUUUUUUAAUUGGCCUUGAUUUUUUUAAAUAUAUAAGUGGAUUGUGAAUGGUUUAUAUUUUUUACCUUGACCUUGAAAUUCCAAAAAAGGGAGGAAGCUGAAGCGCUUGUCAAGAUGUGCUUUUAAUAUACAUAAUUAAAAGGUUUGCUUACUAUUUAUCUUGGACAAGGAAAAAAGCACCUAUGAAAAGGUGUUAAAAGGUGCUGUUUUCAUGUAAUCAAACCUUUUAAUCAUUUAUAUUAAAAACACAUAUCAACAAGCGUUACAGUUUCCACCCUUUCUUUUGAAAUAUCAAGGUCAAGGUAAAAAAUAUAAAAAAUUCACAAUCCACUUAUAUAUAUAUAAAAAAAGAGACAAUGUUUUGAGAAUUGAAUUUUUUGAACGUUUAAAAUGUUGAUUUUUGCAACUUGGAAGUUUCUAGACUCGGGGUCUUAAGAGAUUUUUUUUUGGAACCAGUUAUAUUGCAACUUGAACGUUACAAGAAUAAACAAUUAAACAUUAAUAAUAAAAUUCAACUCUUAUGCGUGUUUGAAAAGUACUGAUUUCGUGUUAUAAAAUGUUUUAAUGAAUUCCUUUAUAUAUGUAUUAUAAUUAUAUUUGGGCUUUGUGUGUAAAUAUUGAAUAAAAUAGCAACUAACACGCUGUAAAUUUAUUUUAAAAUCAUAUUUCUUUUAAGUGAACACUCGUAUAGACUUGUAUUGUGUGUAACACAACUUAUUGUAUCAUUUUUAUAUUAAGUAUAUAAUAUGAAUUUGUAUUUAUUAGUAAUAAAAUAAUUGAUACUAAAUUAGCGCGUUUAAAAACUAAAAUAUGUCCUGCAAUUGAGUAACAUUUACAAAUAGAAUCUUGAACUAAAGUUACAAAAGUUCCGCCCAAUUUUAUUCAAAUUCUCAUUAAUUAUAGUCGACCGAUGUCAAGUAAUUUUGCAUGGAUUUUUAUGAAGUGGUAAUUUGGGCGUGUCUGUAUUUGAACUUUUCUGACCGUAUGCCAUGGAUCUCAUAAAGAUUCACACCAAAUCUAGGACUGUUGAAUAUUUGUAUUGUAAAAGUGAAUAUUCAAUAGAUAGUUCUGCUUUUUACAAGCUUUUGUUAUUUAGUUUCACGCUUUCUGUCUGAAUCUUAAAAGUAAAAUAUCGCCGACUUACGCUUGUUGCCGCGUCAUAGAGUAAUGCAGAGCUGCAAUAUCCCACGUCGCUUUAGUAUUAUUAUGAUGAGAAUUGCCGAAUGUUGCACACAGGAUCGGCUCACAACGAGGAAUCCUUGUAUUUUAUGAGGGUGACACAUGAGGGCACUGUUGAAAUAAAGACAUGUAAAAAUUUUUAUUUAUAUCAAUAACAUUUUUAAAUUUUGCUGAUUCAUUAAAAUGUUGCCGACACUGCCCAAAAAUAAAAUUAAUGUAUGCCCAUAUUGCCCAUGGAAUUAGUAAGUACUUCUAUAAAUCCAUGUGUAUGUCUCCAUCGAUGAGCACACACUUCGUAGAUAGAUUUGCAUAAACACUCAACUAUGACACGACUCAUGCCACCAAUAACUAUCGGAUGUGGGUAUUAUCUGGGGGCACGGCAGUGCCGCCACAAGUCGUAGAGCUUCAACUUCAACGCACGAACCUGUUUGUCUGAAAUAGGCGAUAAAGUAUCACCUGAGUGCACCUGAAUUGGGAUUUACUUCAUGUCAUGAAAUAAGUGGCCCAAAUCCUCUACCUAAAUGGAAGGAGAAGAUUUGUGGACCGAGGCUGUAAAUUGUCUACGCAGAGAAUCACUAUGUGAAAGACCCUUCCUGUCGCUUCAUGGUUUGUGGUCUUAGAGUAGAACCAAUAGUAGAAAUUAAUCAUUGGAUCUGAGUGGAACAGAUAGUAGAAACUAACCCAUCCAUUAUGGACGUUUUCAGUGGCUUUGAGUGGAAUAGGGCUUCUUUUGGAGUUCCCUUGGUGGCUGCAACAUUGGUGUUUUCCCGAUUUCUUCCCCAGCCGUAUAGCAUUGGAGCUCAGGGUCCGCAUUCCUACUUUUAUCUGCGCUUCGCACGCCCUUCAGAUAGACUAUUGGUACGCAUAUCCUUCUUGAAGCCAUGACAUCCGACCAAUGUAAAAAUUUGUUAUGCGUUUGCAUGAACUUAAAGGCCCUCUGUUUUGUAUAUCUCUAUUUAAUUUGAGUUUCAAACAGCACUUACAUUUUUCAAUUUGUUAUUUCACGAUGUGAAGCGACGCCAUGUUGUUAUGAACUUUAUUGUCACCACUUGCUGUAAUUUCAUUAUCAUCUUAAGUUAGAUGUCGUUAGGUUUCCACCGUAGAUCAACAAAAAGAAAUACUUAAUAGUUUACAGUGAAAAUAAUAUUUCACAAUUUCCUAUAACAAACUAUUUCAGUUUUUAAACUUAUAGCAAAUAAAAAUACAUUUCCACCCCAUUCCAAAAAUAUAUAACAAUGUGAAAUUCAGUAUAAUAUUAUUUGUUAAUAGGUUUUUUUUUAAUUAUAUUAUUGUAAUCAUAGAUUUAAGAUAUAUUCAGUAGUAUCUACAUACCUAUGUAUAAUGUGAUAAGUUUUGUUGCAUCCUAUAUAUUAAUUAUAAACGGUUUUUAAAUA